GAAGCGGGGUGAUAAACGAGCGCACCCUGCCUUCUCGUUGACAUACUGACUGCGUCUGAUUGAAACAAAGAACCAGUGAUUUUUUUUUGUAGUUGUUUUUUUUUAAAUCGCGAACGACCCAACAACACUCUUCAAGGUCCAAGACGUUAUGGAAGCCGGUCUCAGUCAAGAGAAGGUUGCCACCUUUGUAGAGCGCCUGCAGGCAGAGCCUCGCUACUUGUUAGCCCAGAAUGUGUCAACGUGCAUCGACCCACUGGAAGUUUGCCUACACCGGAAGACUGUGCAGGAUACUGUACACAUCUUUCAGCAUGCUAUCCCCACAGAGGGCAAGCCCGUCACUAACCAAAAAAAUUCAGGAAGAUGUUGGAUCUUUUCAUGUCUCAAUGUCAUGCGGCUUCCCUUCAUGAAGAAGUUUAACAUAGAGGAGUUUGAAUUUAGUCAGUCCUAUCUCUUCUUCUGGGAUAAGAUUGAGCGGUGUUACUUCUUCCUCCAUGCCUAUGUGGAGACGGCACAGAAGAAGGAGCCAAUGGAUGGACGCCUGCUACAAUUUAUCCUCUCCAAUCCAGCCAAUGACGGGGGACAGUGGGAUAUGUUGGUCAAUCUCAUUGAAAAGUAUGGUGUCAUUCCAAAGAAAUGCUUCCCAGAGGCACACAGUUCAGAGGCCUCCCGCAGAAUGAAUGGCAUUCUCAAUCAUAAGCUUAGAGAAUACUGCUUCAAACUGAGGAACAUGGUGGACAGUGACACAACUCAAUCGGAAAUCUCCGACGCCAUCCACACCAUGAUAGAGGAGGUGUUCCGGGUGGUUAGCAUUUGUCUCGGCAGCCCGCCUGAGACCAUCUCGUGGGAGUACAGAGACAAGGAAAAGAACUUCCAUCGCUUGGGACCCCUAACCCCCCAAGAGUUUUACAGGGAGCACGUCAAACCCCUCUACAACAUGCAGGACAAAAUCUGCCUUGUGAACGACCCCCGACCCCAAAACCCUUACGGGAAGCUGUAUAGUGUGGAGUACCUAGGUAACAUGGUUCGAGGUCGCCAGACAGUCUACAACAAUCAGCCCAUCCAGCUUCUCAAAAAGGCUGCUGCCGAAUCCAUAAAGGACGGAGAAGCUGUGUGGUUUGGCUGUGACGUUGACAAACAUUUCCACGGCAAGAUGGGCAUUAACGACAUGAAUGUCUUCAACCAUGAGCUGGUGUUUGGCGUUUCAGUAAAGAGCCUCACUAAGGCAGAGCGCCUGCAAUGUGGAGACUCUCUCAUGACCCACGCGAUGAUCCUCACCGCCGUCACGGACAAGGAUGGAAAAGAGGGUUAUGAAAAGUGGAGGGUGGAAAAUUCCUGGGGAGAUGACCGUGGGAACAAAGGUUACCUCAUCAUGACAGAUGAUUGGUUCUCAGAGUAUGUGUACGAGGUGGUAGUAGACAAAAAGUUUGUCUCUCCUGAUGUCCUGGAAGUGAUGAAUCAAGAGCCCGUUAUACUUGAUGCUUGGGACCCAAUGGGGGCUCUGGCCUAAGUGCGGACACCCAUGUUUUUAACCAUAACUCGUUUUCUUUUUCUCCCUCUCGCUCCUCUGCUUUUACCUCGGCUGGAUUGGCUAUCAAAAGGUUUUAAGACAUUGAAAAAGAUAAGACCAAGUCUUUUCAAAAUAAUUUCCACCGAUAAUGUGACCCAUAACCUGUCAACUCAAGUGGAAAAAAAAUAUACAGUAUAUCGAUUCUAUUUUCGAGGAGAAGUAAAAAUGAACAUGACGUGUGCACAUCUUACCACACAGUGCAUCUGAUUAACCCCAAAUUGAAGUUCCACCCCUCCAGAAAGCUUUUCUGACAUCUUUGCCUUCUAACAGAAGCCGGAAGGUUUUGUGCAAGCAUCGUCUGGUAUUUGAAAGCGUUCAUAAUUCCCUCCACCUUUAGACCCCAGUUUCAGCUGAAGAAAAACAGCCCCAUACCAUGAGGCUGUCACCACAUUGCUUCAUUGUAAGUUAUUCUUUUGAUGAGGAGGAGUAAGUUGCAUUUACACCAAACCUCAUGUUUGGAAUGAUGGCCAAAAAGUCCAACCUUGGUUUCAGUGGACCAUAUACAUUCAUGUGUACUCUACUUCAGUACAAUCCAGUGCAAUCACUUGCCUUCUGAAGUCACCUAAUUAAUAAAAUCCACCUAUGUUUAUUCUUAUUAUGAAUUCAUCUGUGAAGGCAUCAGUAGUUUUAGAGAACACUAGUGAACAAACAGCAUUAUGAAGAUCAGGGAACUGUAGAGACGGGUUAAGGAUAAAAUUGUAGAGAAGUUAAAAGUAAGGUUGGGUUGU